AUGGCGCGACCAGGCCGCGUGGCUGGUCGAUUCGGGGUGCUGCUGGCACUGGCCGCGGCAACCGCCGGCUGGGGCUUCGCAGGAGGAUGGCAGACGCCGAGCCGUGUCAGCGAUGCCGUGACAGCCAUGGAGGCUGCGAAGGCCAAAAAGAAAAAGCAGAAGAUGUCGCUUGCGGAGGCCCUCGACCGCCAAAAGAAGGAAGAAAAGAUGGAGAAGAGCAAGAGGGACGAGGCCAAGCUCGAGGCUGAAGAGACCUUCUGGGAGGGCCCGCCAUCCUCGACCGAGAUGUUUGCCCCGUUCCUGUCUUGCUUUGUGGUGAUCGGGAUCAUUCCGUUCAUCGCCGCCGUGAAUCGUCAGUUCAGGGUGAAGUACAAGAUCACCAACAAGCGAGUGUCUGUGACAGGUGGUCUUGACGGAAAAGACAUCACUGAGUUCUCCUACCAGGAAAUCUACGAGAUGAAGUAUGGCCUGAGGUUUCUGGGCUACUGCGCUGACGUGAGGAUCAACCUGCGGGAUGGCGCCAAAGUCGAGCUGUUCGGACUGCUGAACUUCGAGGAGAACUACAACUACAUGCUUUCCAAGUGUGACAAGGACGCCCGGCGGCGAAGUGACCCGCCUCUGUCUCUGAACGCCUGA